GUUUGGAGGCAAGCCGCCCCAUUCGACGGAGCGUCCUCCGUCAAGGUGAGUGGAUUUGUCAAGGUGAGUGGGUUUCCCACCUGAGCGGCCAAAUGACGCGCUCUCUUUCCGUUUCCCGUUCCAUCGCUCAAGAACAAGACGAGUACCAUCGAUCAGAACCUUAGACAAAGCCCACGAACGUAACUUGCUUCUGAUACACCCAAUGGCCGAGCUGGCACAGGCAGCAGCUGAGCCCCGGCUGCCCCGAAUCACAAUCCGGUUCUGCACGCAAUGCAAAUGGAUGCUCAGGGCGGCAUAUUACGCCCAAGAACUCCUCUCCACCUUCUCCACCUCCCUGGGCGAGGUCGCCCUGCAGCCGGGCACGGGCGGCGUCUUCGUCGUGGAGCUCACGACCGCCUCUACGAAUCCCACCACCGCUACUACCGCGGAAAGAGCUGGCAGCGACGAGCCCGACCCCACUGCGCCGCCCAGCGCUGCUAGCGCGGUGCCGGUGGUGCUCUGGGACCGCAAGCGCGACGGCGGCUUCCCCGAGACCAAGGAGCUCAAGCGGCGCGUGAGGGACGUGAUUCAGCCCGGGAGGGAUCUGGGGCAUGUCGAUCGGGAUUAUCAUCAUCCUCGCGGGCGUGGGAAUGGGGAUGCGGCGGGUGGAGAGGGGGCUGUUGUGGAGGAGGGGGAGCGGGAGAAGGGGGAGGGGAAGGCGAGUAAGGAGGAGGAAAGGCUGGAAGGGGUUGUUGCUGCCGGUGGUGCAGAUAAAGCAGGUAAGGCAGGGGAGAUCGGGGGGAGAGUGGUGUGUGGCGUUGGAGAUCGGGAGAGGUGCGAGGAUUGUGAAUGAGUUGGGUUUGGACGGAGGACUGGGUGACGGAGGAGGAGGAGGACUUGUAUCGCAUACUGGAGGACGUCUUGUGCACUGGGAAGAAUCGCAAGUCUGUGCACAGAAUGCUUGACCUGGGCGAUGUGACAGCCACCUUUCCUAGUCAUAGGAGGUUG